AUGUUAAAACGUAAAAUUGAAGGUCGGUUUUGCGAAAAAAAAGUAAGCGCCGGUCGAUCAGUUGAACAAUUUAUAGCCGAAUUGGAUAUUAUAUUAGAAAAUCUAGAUGAUACAUCUAUUAGUAAAACAAAUGGAAAACAUAAACAACUACGUGAAAUAAUUUCAUGUGAUAAUUUAUUAGAAACAAUUCAAUUGAAUCAAUACCAAAUUACUAAAUGUCCUGUUAUAACUGAAAAAAAGAAGAAUUAUGAUAGACUUGUCAAACGACUGAAACAUAAGCUUCAUUAUCACAAAAAAUCCGAUGAAUAUAUGGAAAAAACUGAAGCAUAUGAAUGUUUGCACCAAAAUACUCCAUUACCAAAUUUAAUUGAACGUACCAAUAAAUAUUUAUUAAAUUUAAGAUUAAUUAAAUGGAUUACACAGAAACAAUAUGAACAACUUAGCAUUAAACCAAACGAAGUGGAAUUAGCUCAUCUUUAUUAUUUACCAAAAGCUCAUAAACCUGGCGCUCCACUCCGUCCAAUUAUUUCUGGUCUCAAUCAUCCAACUAUAAAAAUAUCAAAGUUUCUCGAUGAAUUAAUUCGACCACUAUUUAAUAAAAUAACAUCCAAUACAACUGCUACUUCUGGAACUGAACUUAUUAAACAGUUACAUCAAUGGUCAACAUGUAAUCGACGUCAAGAAACUUUAUUAUGUACAAUGGAUGUUUUAAAUUUUUAUACGAUGAUACCACAAACAGACGGGAUUUUUUCAAUUAAAAAAAUGUUAGAUCCCUUACACAUAAAACAAAUUAAUGGUCUAAAAAUUGAAACUAUUAUUCGUUCAUGUCGAUUCGUGGUACAUAAUAAUUAUUUUUCUUACAAUGGUAAAUAUUAUCAUCAAGUACGUGGUGGUGCUAUGGGUUCUCCGUUAACAUUGACAAUUGCUAAUUGUUAUAUGUUCUUUUUUGAACAAGAUAUCGUGAAGCAAAUCAAUAAUAGUGGUGGACUCUAUGUGCUAGAUAUUGAUGAUAUAUUUAUUACCAUCAACUGGCCUACUCAACAUCUAUUUAAAUAA